CUUAAAUAUUCCAUAUACGUUCCUGUUUUGCGUAUAGUUGCUAUCGAAUAAAUCAUGGCGGACCGACUAACACAGUUGCAAGAUGCGGUGCACCAGAUGGGAGAACAUUUCUGUAACAGCAUAGGCAUUCUCCAGCAGUGUGCACCGGCCAGUAACUUCACCGACUUCGACAAGUCUGCAGCACCAGUUGACAAGGACCAAGUUGCCACUCAAGAAGAAUACACACAGCUUUUUGCUCAGCUCAUAGCAAGAACUGCCAAGGAUAUAGACGUGUUAAUUGACUCACUACCCAAUGAAGAAUCUACUGCAGAGUUACAGGCCCAGAGCUUACAGAGACUUGAACAGGAUAACCAAGACGCGGCACGUAAACUUGAAGACGUGGUGAGGAGGGGAGAAGUCUUGUUGGAACAGAUCCAAAAGGCUCUGAGUGAGAUCGCGGAGACACAACUCAAGACACAGAGUUCACAGCAGCAGAAAAUUCCACAAACUGUAGACAAGAAAGAACCAAAGCCAUCAUAGGGUUCAUUAUGUACUAUAUGUAGUUGGAAUCCAAUCUAGCUUCAGUCUUCUUCUCUGAUGACUUCUCCACAAAAUAGUCUGGCAUGCUUUAGACAUAAAAGGAUGCUUUGGUCAUAAAAAUGUCUCCCACAGUACUAGAGAGGACCAUGCAACUACAAAUCAGUCUAUUCUGAUGCCAGACUAUAUGGUAUGCUAUGCUGGUACUCUUCUAAAGGAAUCAUUGUUGUCAUUGCAUAGUGGAAUGGCUAAGUUCGAAUGUGUAACAUAUUUUUGUAAGGUUAGUGCAAAUCUGGUAUGUGAAAGUUGCUGACAAAUGUUUACUGCAAGAACUAGCCUAUGUCAGCAAGUAACUUUGUUACUUAUUCAUAACUGUACAUUUAUUUGUAUAAACAACUUUACACUCUUCAUACCUUGUGUGCUUCUUUUCUGUACAGUAAGCUUACCAGGUCUCGCAUACUCUUUUUGAUAAGUGUGUUGAAUUCUUUUACGUGCAGUGGUUAGAUGCCCCAGGCUUACACCUGAAGCUACCCAUAUAUUGGGCACUUGCUUGAUGCCUCUUAUCUGUAGUGCUGACAGACUAGAAAAUAAUUUACUCAAACGAGUCAAAGCGCAUCUUUCAUCUUGUCUCACUUAUUUUACAACAACACAUGAAAUAAUUCUGACACGCAUUUGUUGGUAUGGCUUUUUUAUUCAUUCUGACGAAAUUAGGGCCAUGAACAGUUUUCUAUUAUAUGCCUCUCACUGUCACAUAUGUCUCACAUGCACUGUCACCUUCUAACUUGAGUGCAACUACGGUGUUUUCAAGAUAACAGUGAAUCAGUCAACCUGGUACAGUGAAUCUUGCUGUGUCAUAAAAUGAAAAAUCUGACCUUUGUAGGACAAUGUGAUGAUAAAAAAAA